AUUAUAUUACUUUGAGUAUGUAAAUAAAUGUUAGACUUUUAAUAUAUUUAUGAAUGCACUUACUUAUGCAUACACAUAAAUACGUUUGUAACACUAAUCAUAAAUCGUUUGUGAAAAUAAGAUUGAGAAUUAAUUUAUAUCGCUUUACUUAUGUACUUCUAAACUUUUUUGUAACAUAUUGUCACCAUUAUGGAAAAUUGUUAACUGCUUCGAAACUGCAACUUUCCUGUCAAAUUGUUAAUAUAACUAUAUAUAAAGUAUUAACGUAAGCUAUUUGUUUGUGCUUCUCAUCUGUGUUGGAACAUAUGUACCAUUAUUCGUACAAACGUACGAUCAAGUUGCAGCAAGAAUGAAAUCUGUAGUAAAAACAUACCAAAAAAAUACACAAAGAGUACGAUUUAGGAAAAUGAGAGCGGUAAAUACAAGUAUAUCCAAGUGUACGUAAGAAGCAUCUAUAAGCGAACUUGCAUUUUAAGACUGAGCCAGCCGAAGAAAUUAUUCACCUGUUUGUGAAACCGGGCCGAGCUGUUUCACCUGAUGCGCUGGUGCUUUUUAACCAUUCACUGCGGAAAAUCCGAACAGUUAUGUUGCGCCUUCUAUAAUUUAACUACGUUAACUGCUAUGCAGUGAUAUAGUUAGUAAAAUGUUCAUUUGCAAGAACUUUAUGCUUGUAUUAUUAACUACGAAAAUUGAAUAAUUUUAAUUACUGUGCUUAAAAGUUAAUGCGCCCAAACUGUGUCUACGAAAUGUUAACAAAAAUAUUUACACUUGUACUAUGUUUGUUUGAAUGUUAAGUAGUGCGAAAGUUCAAUGUUCAUCGAUUUUUCCCUUGAAUAUAUACUUAUGUACAUAUGUAUGUAUAUAUGAGCAAUCAUAAUUGCGUGUUAUUGUGAAAGUUGCCAAAGAAAAGCAAUGGAAAGUGAAAACGCUAGAUACUCUCCUAGUCUAAUUACAUAGGAUUAUUAACUGAUAUAGUAAUUUGAACUAUUGAGAAUUAAUAUCUUCAUUAUUAGUUAUAAAAAAAAAAUUCAAAAUAUUAUAUGGAACGUAAAGAGUCUAUAUACAUAUACUAUUUUGGUUCAACGCAGUUUUUAUACUUGAAUUAAAAUCUUCUCAGUCAUUUGUAUUUAUAAUAUACCUUGAAUUGAAGGAUUCAAAAGCCUUAUAACUAAAUAAAAUGCAAAUUUUAAUCGAUUGCCUCUCUCUUAACGUCUUCGUUUGCUAUAUUAUGACAACACAGUUACUUCUCUACAAUCAGUAGUAGAAAAGGCUUUCUCGGUAGGAUGACCACUAGUUUCACUUCCUACCGUCGUAGCAAAGUAAAAAGUAAAUCGAAUAACGACAUUUCUUCUAUUGUUGCUGAGAUGAACGGUGUUAGCGGUAUAGCAGAUAGCUUACCUCAACACAUAUCUAACGAUGAUAUCUCAGAUUUAGCUGAAAUGAUGGAUACAACUGUGCGAAAAGAGAUCAAUCUCUCCAGUGACGAUGUAGCUGUUGUACGCAAAGAACGUAAUAAUCGACGCAGCGUUGUAAGCGCAAAUACUCAAAUGGACAAUGAUGUCACACCGGUCUACUUGGCAGCGCAAGAAGGGCACUUAGAGGUGCUAAAAUUUUUAGUGCUUGAAGCUGGUGGUUCUCUCUAUGUACGCGCACGCGACGGUAUGGCACCGAUACAUGCUGCUUCACAAAUGGGAUGUUUGGAUUGCCUCAGAUGGAUGGUGCAAGAUCAGGGUGUUGAUCCAAAUCUACGAGAUGGAGAUGGUGCUACACCACUACAUUUUGCCGCGUCAAGAGGACACCUUUCUGUGGUACGAUGGUUGCUUAAACAUGGGGCAAAACUAUCGUUGGAUAAGUACGGCAAGUCGCCCAUUAACGAUGCAGCAGAAAAUCAACAAGUAGAGUGUCUUAAUGUGUUAGUACAACACGGUAGUACAAUAGACUAUAGUUGUCGGGACAGGAAUACACAACAACGACAGAAAACUUGUUCAUUAUCUAAUAAGGAAUUUCAAGAGAUGCAAAAUUGCAAUUUCAAUAGAAGUGAUGGAAGUAACUGUAUCAACAACAGCUCACACGGAAGCUUUAACUCGAAUAGUAGUAAGCAGACUAGUUGCAGUAACACCAUUAAAUCGAAGACAUCUUCGUCUUUAAGCUCAGAUAUUGAGCCCUUUUAUUUGCAUCCACCACCGAUCUCUAUGGCCCAUAAACGUAUUGAGGCCAUUUAUGCACACUCUCAACAAUCGCGCUCAUCUUCUGAGAAAUUAUACAAUGGGCAAAUGGUGCCUAAUGAUGGCUUAUAUGUCAAUCCAAUGCGUAACAGUUUCUUUACUCCUCCUUCCCCGACUGGCAGUGUUUCUGGAGAAUCAUUUUUUCUCCACGAUCCUCAUGAACUAAUUUAUAAUCGAGUUCGGGAGCUGUUCGAUUCCGAUUGCAACAGUGCUGGAAAUUUAAAAGCGAAAAUGAAUCGCCACAAAACUAAUAGUCAUAACAAAAUACAUAAAUCAAAAACCAUUAACAAUGCAGUUGUUGUCCAAGCAGAUGUUCACUCCAGUUCAAGUGGUACAGGAAGCGGAUCAGAAGAAUCUAUAUCCGUUUCUAUUCAAUCGAGUAUGAAAUUAUCAAAAACAAACAACUUUCGAAGUCAAAGUUUUAAUCUUCACACUAAAUGUAACAACGAAAGCAGCAGCUACGAUCAAGAUCUCAGCGCCAGCACCAGCACAAAAAUCAUCACCAAUGAUAAUAAAAAAAUUAAUGCCAAUUUAACUGCUGGAAUCAACUAUAAUAAAAUCAACAAUAAUAAUAUUAAAAUUGAUAAACAAAAUCAAGUAGCUAAUCAACCUAAAACGAGUUAUUUAAACAAUGACAAGCUGAGGCCAGAAAGUUCACAUGACCAUGAUUACGAGGAUAUAUAUUUGGUUCGUGAGGAGGCACGAAAAAACAAAAAUAAAUACGGUUCUGGACGAUCACGUUCCCGUGAUAGUGGAUCUCAUUCACGCUCAGCUAGCACUUCCUCAACUCGGAGCUCAGAUUUCAUACUACAAUACAGCAAUCAUAAUAUGAACAGCAAGCAUCAAAGUGAGCGGCUGAAUCGAAAUAAAUCACAAUCGACUAUAGGAAUACAUAGCAAACCCAAAUACGAGUUAUCACAAAAGGAAAGUUUUACCGUUAAAAAUGUCAAUCUAAAGAACCUGCUCAACGCUACUAGCAAUAUCAAUUGUGGCGUUAAAAGCGACACAUAUGAAAGUGUGUGUCCAAUAGAAGAUAUUGCUGAGCGUACCAAGCAAUCACAGAAAAACUCCGUUAUUCGAAAUAAUCUUGAUUGCAGUAGCACUGGGAGCACCAGCAAUAUAUUCCACCCAACAUGCAAUGAUGGCAACACAUGCGAUCGCCAGUUAAAACGAGUUUCAUCUGCUCCGCCUAUACAAAACAUAGAAAUCGUAAGUGGGCCUCCGCCUCCUCCACUGCCGCCGCCGAUGAACUCACUUUUACACAAAAGAAUGCAAUUAGUUACAUCAGAUCCCAUGAACUUUUAUAUUAGUAACUCAAAUAGUAACUUGGAUAAUAUAGAUUCCGAUUCAGGACUUGAGGUAAUUGAGGAACCAAGUUUGCGCCCAUCUGAGUUGAUCAGAAGCAAACACAACCGAACAAUGUCUACAAUAUCAGCAAACAAGAAAGCUAAACUUCUUAAUAGCAGUUGUAAUGGGAAUAUACAAAACUCUGCGUCACUUGCAACUAUUAGUUGUGUUACACCUAGCAGAGACAAUUUUUCUUGCGAUAGUUAUCACGUUUGCAAUGAUCAGAGAGAUGAAAGAAUUCAGAUGCAAAAUUACCAUUCAACUCGCGCAGAUGCCCAGCAACAUCCAUUACCCCAAAGCUAUCAGCAAUCUCAAAUGUAUGGAUCUUCCGCCGAAGAUCAUUACGAACUACAACAAACACAGUAUGGGUACAGCAAUUCAAAUGGGAAUGUAGUAAGUGGCACACGUCCCGGUGGUCCAAACUUAGUUAAUAAACAGUUAGUACUUCCCUUCGUGCCACCCAGUUUUCCAAACAAAUCACAAGAUGGCGUAACACAUCUUAUAAAGCCUUCUGAAUAUCUAAAAAGUAUAAGUGAUAAACGAUCAUGCCCUUCUUCAGCAAGAUCCACAGAUACUGAAGAUUACAUGCAUAUUCAAGUGGCUAAUCAGCACGGAGUUAACUUCGACCCUCCAAAGCCUCCACCUCCGCCACCACUCCCAACUCAUCCAUUAAUGCAUCACAAUGAAAAGCAAAACAAUAUAAAAAUAGGAAACAUUAAUCAUGUAUCUGUGGUUAAUCAGGACACUGCCACUCGUAAGCAGCAUCAACCCCUCUCCGCCAUCUCCAUUCAAGAUCUUAACAGCGUUCAGCUUCGUCGUACGGAUACCCAAAAAAUGCCCAAGCCGUAUCAAAUGCCAGCACGCAGUCUAAGUAUGCAGUGCCUUACCUCGUCAGCUGAUUCUUACCUUAAAACGGAUUUAAUUGCCGAAUUGAAGAUAUCAAAAGACAUUACGGGCAUUAAGAAAAUGAAAGUAGAGAAACAGUUAGCCGGUCAGUUCGAUAUCGAACAUUAUUCCGAAAUUUCGAAACAAUUUUCGACAAACAAUUAUAUGGAUCAACUUUAUAUGCAGAUUCCAGAAAAAGAUCAGGCUGGUAACAUCAUUCCGGAUUGGAAACGUCAGAUGAUGGCGAAAAAGGCAGCCGAACGAGCCAAGAAAGAAUUCGAGGAACGAAUGGCUAAGGAAGCAGAGAAUAGGCGUCUCUCACAAAUACCUCAAUGGAAACGUGAUCUACUAGCCAGGCGAGAGGAAACCGAAAAUAAACUAAAAGCAUCAAUUUAUACACCCAAGGUGGAGGAAAAUAAUCGUAUAGCUGAAACUUGGCAACUUAAGAAUCGAGCAAUUUCAAUUGAUAACAUUAAUUUGGUUUCUCCGAGCGUUGAUACCCUUCCAAUUGUUUCCGGAACUUUUGACAAUAGUAACAAGGAAAACAAGGAACAAAAUGAACAAGCUGCGAUCAUAAAUAUUCCAGUAUCAGAUGAUGAUAUCAAUAGUAAUCAAUAUAACAAAGGAGAUGAAGCAGAUAACAUUAUACCAUGGCGCGCCCAGUUACGAAAAACCAAUAGCAGGCUAAGUUUAAUUUAGGAACGAAAAUUUCUUAACCCUGAUUCAGAUUUACGUAAUUGUGAGUUUAAACUAACUACGUGAGAAUUUCAUCUUUGCUGUUUAUAGUUUAUAUGUGUACGUAUAUAUUAAACAUUUGCAUCAACUGAACAAUUAUUUACUCCUUAAAAAAUAGUAUAUGGAAUAGUUGACUUCGAAUCGCCAAAUGGGUAAAACAAAACUUGGUAGCAUUGCAGAUAGCAGUUGUACCACUAUGUGAGAUUUGCAAACACUGUCUCAUAUAAAUUCAAAUAUAUCAAAUACUUUGUUGUUGCCUUUACAUGUAUUUUCAUAUGAAUCUUUUAAGGAUGCAAUGGUACGACUUUUUGGCAGAACUGAAUAAAAUAUAUGCAUAUGUAUGUACAUACAUAUGUCUCGUACAGUUGAGUAAGAACAAUCCUACAUUUACCAACCAAAAAUACAUUUUGCUUUGGCAAAUGCGUUUUCAAUUAAAUUAAUUAAGAUUUUCGAUAAAUUAGUCAUUUUAACAUAGGAUGGACAACAAACGGCGAUGUCAACAAAUUUAAUAUAUAUAAAUACUUUUAAACAACAACAUCAACUUCGGUGUAUUUAUUGUCAUUAUAUAAUAAAUAUAUUAUAUUAAUCUAUAAUAUGGCCCUAUAUAAAGCUGCUGGAAAAAUAUAAAUUCACACACAUAUUUUUGUAAUAUACAUACUAUUUUGUGUAUAAUAUUCAACAUAAACCCAGGCAAGUUUACGCACAUUUACAUAUUCUUAAUUUACUGUAUUAUGCCUAACUAUAAUUUACAAUAAAAAUAAAUUUGAUUAAAUUGUAUUAAUAUUAAA